AUGACAGGCCUGCACCUGAUGCUGCAGGAGAGGCCUAUAGCCAUCAUCGGCCCCACCACGAGCAGCCAGGUGGCGCUGCUGAGCGGCCAUUCAGGCACUUCAGAUCUCUUUCCUUCACCGCUUCCCUGCCUCCCCUCCUCCCCUCCCCCCCACAGGCCUGCACCUGAUGCUGCAGGAGAAGCCUCUAGCCAUCAUCGGCCCCACCACGAGCAGCCAGGCCUGCACCUGAUGCUGCAGGAGAAGCCUCUAGCCAUCAUCGGCCCCACCACGAGCAGCCAGGUGGCGCUGCUGAGCCUGCACCUGAUGCUGCAGGAGAAGCCUCUAGCCAUCAUCGGCCCCACCACGAGCAGCCAGGUGGCGCUGCUGAGUGGCCAUUCAGGCACUUCAUAUCUCUUUCCUUCACCGAUUCCCUGCCUCCCCUCCUCCCCUCCCCCCCACAGGCCUGCACCUGAUGCUGCAGGAGAAGCCUCUAGCCAUCAUCGGCCCCACCACGAGCAGCCAGGCCUGCACCUGAUGCUGCAGGAGAAGCCUCUAGCCAUCAUCGGCCCCACCACGAGCAGCCAGGUGGCGCUGCUGAGUGGCCAUUCAGGCACUUCAGAUCUCUUUCCUUCACCGCUUCCCUGCCUCCCCUCCUCCCCUCCCCCCCACAGGCCUGCACCUGAUGCUGCAGGAGAAGCCUCUAGCCAUCAUCGGCCCCACCACGAGCAGCCAGGCCUGCACCUGAUGCUGCAGGAGAAGCCUCUAGCCAUCAUCGGCCCCACCACGUCCAGCCAGGUGGCGCUGCUGAGCGGGCUGGCGGGCACAACGCGCAUCCCCCUGCUCUCCUACUCCGCCACCGACCUCCUCCUCACCACCUCGCGCCAGUGGCCCUACUUCAUGCGCACUGUUCCCAGUGACGCUACAAAAAUGGAAGCAAUCGCUGACCUGCUGGCGCUGUACGGCUACAAGCACUUUGUGGCCAUCUUCACAGACGACCGGUUUGGGCAGAACGGCAUCAGCGUGCUGGAGAACAUUCUGCAGAACCGAUGGGGCUGGCAACACCCGGUAGUAGCACGAGUAGCAUUGAAGCGCGGGAGGGAGUAUGACGACGCGCGUUCCUCUCUGGAGAAGCUGCAGCAAGUGCGCACGUCAGUCAUGAUCAUCCAUGCAGGGGGCGAUGGCCCUGACGCCGUGCUCAAAGCAGCGGUGGAGCUGGGCAUGUUCAGCCGCGGCUACGUGUGGAUUACCACCGAGCCCACGUCCCUGCAGUCCUUCACAUACGAUGGCGCCACUGCCUCCUUCAUGCCGCAAGUGCAGGGGCUCAUAUCAAUGGCGUCUUUUGUCCCGCCCUCGCCUGCUCUCACAGUCUUUCGAGCAGAGUGGAAGGAGCAUAUGUCGGGGCAGAAAGGGCCGUCCUCUGCCAAGGUGAUUGCUGAGACGUCUCACAGCAAAGGUAUUCUCAUGUGGGGUUUGUCCCGCCCUCGCCUGCUCUCACAGUCUUUCGAGCAGAGUGGAAGGAGCAUAU